CCGGCAGAAUUACUCCGAGUAUUUCUCUCAUGAAGUCGUCUCUUACAGCUAUUAUUACUCAGCUCUAUAUUUGACUUGCGCUACCAUCUUCCUUCACUGCAUUGCUCGUUGAUGAUCACCACUGGCCAUCACUUCCACACCAUCCACUCUUGAUCCACUCUCUGAGAUAUCCAAUAUCACCGUUUCGAGUUCAGUCUCAUACACUUGCUGGAUCAGUACGCUUUUGAGUUGUGAUCAAUCAGCGCUUACUAUGGUCUAUCCACCCUUGCCACCAAGACGAUGAAUCCAUCCAAGUCCUGUUGGCAAUUGCUGGUGCUUGCAUCAGGAUCAUCCCCUAUCGACCCUUGACGUCCCUCCGAAGGCUGUGUGGUUGCUCUGAUUCCACCAUUUUUUUUACACAUCGCGAUUGACAUCACUAUCCGGAGUGCGACCACUAUGGAUUCUGAGGCCUGCAUACCUGAGGUAUCGACUUGAUCGAGUUGACUUUGUUCUCUCCCGUUGCAUUGAUCUGAAUGUCUCUAACCCAAUGGACGAUAGCUCGGUACCUAGUGCGACACGUGUACCAUGUCUAUCCUUGUAUUUAUACUACAGGUUUCCUGGCUCGGACAAUAUCAGCUUCUCCCCUCUCAUUCAACAACCACCCAACUUCAACUCAUCCACUUCUGAACAUGUCCAAGUUCGAAGCCUUCAAUGUCUCUACGGCCACUUACAAGACCGUCGGCGACCACCCCGUCCUAGCCGAUAUCUUCUUACCCAAAGACCUCGCAGCAGGCACUCACCCUCUCAUUCUCCGCUUUCACGGAGGAGCACUCGUUAACGGCAGUCGCAAUGCAGAGCUCUUUUUCCCCACAUGGCUCCUCGAAUAUGCAGUUGCCAAAUCCGCCAUCCUCAUCUCUGCGGACUAUCGCAUGAUGCCCGAGUCCUCCGGUUUGGAUAUUCUCGAAGAUGUCGACGAUUUUUGGAAAUGGCUCUUCACAGGGCUCCCCUUGCAGCUGCAGACCAUCACCUCUGGCCAAUCCGCCGCGGAUUUUACCAGAAUUUUGGCCUUCGGUGAAAGUGCAGGUGGCUAUCUCGCCACUCUCCUGGCCUUCGCUCAUCCGAAAGAGAUUCGGGUCUUGGUAGCAUCCUACGCCUCUCUCGACAUUCACGGCAUGCUUGCCCAAUGGCUCAACCACGGCUACCCCACACUUCCCUUUCCUGACGGCAUCGUCCCCGUCGGACUUGUCACCUCGCAUAUCGCCUCCAUGAAGCCCGGUGAAGUCGUCUCUAAUUCCCAGUUCCCUGGUCCACGCACGCCUCUGGCCUUUGGACUGAUGCAACAAGGACGAUACCUCGAAUACCUCGGUGACGAUCCCAGGCUUUUUCCGUUUCAGAGACUCGAGCUGGAAAAGGCGCAGGGAGCGACGGCGUGGCCUCGCACGGUGUUAAUACAUGGAGUGGAUGACGAUUCGGUGCCGAUUGAAGGGUCGAGGGCGUUUAAAGCGAAGUUGGAGGAGACGAAGCCGGAUUCGAGGGUGUUCAUGGUGGAGCAGCCUGGUUCUCAUUUCUUCGAUUGUCAGAUGCAUCUAGAGGAGGCGGAGACCUGGUUGCCCAUGAAGUUUAUUGGGAAGAACUGGCUUCUGUACCGGUGAUCUGAAGGAGUUUUUGUACUCUCAUUGUCAUACCCUUUGACAUUUACUUAGAAGCCCUGAUGGACAUUUGCAUUCUCCUGUUUGUCGUACUAUUGUAACAGGUCGUUAUUGGACUAUAUGCUAUGUAGUGUACCGUUUUGGACCAUUUCUCAGACAACUAUGCAGACUCGAUGGUCCACACUGGUUUGCCAUGUAACCAUACGGUGAUCCUGAUCUUCAGACUUCAAUGAGAU